UCGCUUUUUCAGCUUGGCAGCUGCAUUUUUUUUGUGUGUGUGUGUGUGUGUGGUUGCCUGUGUGUGACUAUUAUUGCAGGAACCUUCUUGGGUUCCUUCACAUCACAGGGCAGCCGUGGUACAAAGGUUUCCAAUGCUGGUUACUCAACCAGAGACUGCACAAGGAGUAACAAAACAAGGCGAGAGGAAUAUAAGGGGAGAGAGAGAGAGAAGAGGAGGACCUGCAAGGCUCUUGAAGAAGCAGAGCGGGAGAGAGAGAGAGGGGUGGAGGUUGGCUUGACUUGGUCUGACGUGGUCCCCGGCCAAGGAGGACUUUCACAAUGCUAGGGUUGACCUGUAGACUUGAGUUCAUGGUGCAGUACUGAGGCACCGAACACAGCUACUGCAUGAGGACACAGCCUUCACGGUCACAUUUAAGUGUCGCCUUGACUUUGGUUUGUUGUCAGUUCAUAACCAGAGAGCUGACAUGCAGAAUGUACCGGAAGAGUGGAGAGAGGGACGGGACGAGGAAAGAAGUGAUAGUGACGUCCAGCCAUGGGACGGGGAGACCUUAUUCCGGAAAAAGAGCCACGCUGGGGAUUCGAAACCAUCCAUGAAACAAAGAGGGAUCGGAGAAACCAACGGACAGUGCAACAGAAACGAAGAGACGGGCAAAAAGAAUGAGAGGGAGACAGAUAAAGAGACGCUGAUGAUGGAGCUGACCCGGCUUGUGCAGAAGACGCUGAAGGAGAGCACUUGGUGGGAGAGGAGGGGUGUUGACUGCAGCAUCCUGGCAGGAGCCUUCCUCUGCCUGCCACCUGCUUUUCUGCUACUGGGUUCCUCCCAGUUACUCUGGUUUGUAGCUGGGAUGCUGCUGAUGGGGGUGGCCCAUGCAAUUAUCACCAUCAAGGGGACCCACCUCGCCAGCCACGGGGCACUGAGUGAGUCCUCAGCCUGGGGCGAGUUCUGGGCCAUCUUCUUCAUUGAGAUAUGCGGCUCAUUCACAGCGCGGUCGGGAGUGCAGGCUCACAUAAAGAUGCACCAUGCCCAUACGAAUGUCAUUGGCCUGGGAGACUCCAGCACAUGGAAGGUCCCUUUUCUGCCCCGCAGUGUCUACCUGUUCAUUGCUCCCCUGGCAGUACCCAUCAUUACCCCUCUUGCGGCUAUGGGUCAACUCAGAGGCCACACUCUGACUCAGGCUGUAAGGACCAUGUUCAUGAUGGCGCUGGGUCUGUAUUCCCAGUACUGGCUGCUGGUCAAUGUCUCCGGGUUCCAGUCACCAUACAGCACUUUGCUCUGCAUGCUAGUGUGCAGGGCGAUGUUCUCAUUGCCCUACAUCCACGUCAAUAUUUUCCAGCACAUUGGCCUUCCCAUGUUCUCCAACACCCAGCGGCCAAAGAGGAUCUACCAGAUGACCCACGGUGUCCUGAACCUGCCCCGCAAUCUCCUGCUAGACUGGACAUUUGGGCACUCGCUCAUCAACUGCCACGUGGAACACCAUCUCUUCCCUUUCUUAUCUGAUAAUAUGUGCUUAAAGGUGAAGCCUAUUGUUUCCAAGUAUCUGAGGGAAAAAGAGCUCCCCUACCAGGAGGACAACUACCUUUCCCGGCUGCGCCUUUUCUUUCACAAAUACCAGGAACUGAUGGUGUUUGCCCCGCCGAUAACGGAGCUAGUGGGGGUCCAGUGACGGAGGGAAGACGAUGGAAAACGGAGAACGGAGGAGAACUUUCUAUUCCAGCUCUUGCUGCUAUUCACACCAUGACUGCUGCUGCUCAAAAGUAGUAUCAGUUGGGAUAUUUGAAUACUUCUUUGUUGGCACAUUACGACACGCACAACUUACACUCGGGCAAUCUAUCACGCACAAUGUAAGCUUUAAAGCUAUAAUCCAAUAACUUGGCAACAUAUGAAUCAUUAUUUAGUUUUUCUAACAUAGCAACAUUGUAAUUCAGGGCUAAAAUUAACACGAUUAUCUACAAUCAUUUAAAAUAUCAGCUUAAUUCCUCAGAUAAAUGAAAAUACUACUUAAAAGAAAAAAAAGGUAAUUCAAUUAGUAGCCCAUAGACAAAAAACUAGUCAAAGCUGUGAUUUGAUUCUGUUUAAUAAAUAUUGCAUUUAAGUCGA